GCAUGCGCGAUUGAAUAAAAUCAACAAACGCUUGCUGUGUUCAUUGAUAAUGAGCGGCUGUACGAUUUGGAAAGAGAAGUAACAAAGCUGUGCAAAAAAUAAAGAACAUGGCAAAUAAUUACUAUGUGACUGCUCAUAAGCCAACGGCAGUCAAUGCUUGUGUGACAGGCAACUUCACUUCCACGGAUGACCUUAAUCUUAUCAUAGCCAAAAACAGCCGUCUUGAGAUUUAUGUUGUCACCCCAGAAGGUUUGCGGCCCAUCAAAGAAGUUGGCAUUUAUGGCAGAAUAGCAGUCCUGGAGUUGUUCAGGCCUCCUGGGGAGCCCAAGGACCUGAUGUUCUUGCUGACCACUAAGUACAAUGCUAUGAUCCUGGAGUGUCAGCAAGAAGGAGAAAACCUGGAGAUCAUAACAAGGGCACACGGAAAUGUACAGGAUCGCAUUGGCCGUCCGGCAGAGCAGGGUAUUAUAGGUAUUGUUGACCCGCUGUGCAGAGUGAUCGGUCUGCGGCUUUAUGAUGGACUCUUCAAAGUGAUACCCCUGGACAGGGACAAUAAGGAACUCAAGGCCUUCAAUGUCAGGCUAGAGGAGCUGACAGUGAUUGAUAUCCAGUUUCUACAUGACUGCACCACACCCACUAUAAUACUGGUGCAUCAAGACCAGCAUGGUCGUCAUGUGAAGACAUACGAGAUAUCACUACGUGAUAAGGAGCUAAACAAGGGUCCCUGGAAACAAGACAAUGUGGAAACAGAGGCCAGCAUGCUCAUUGCAGUACCCUCCCCUUUUGGAGGGGCCCUCAUAAUUGGCCAGGAAUCCAUCACAUACCACAAGGGAGACCAGUUUAUACCUAUUGCCCCUCAUACCAUAAAGCAAAGUACCAUCACAUGUUGUGGUAAGGUGGACUCUAAUGGUCAGCGGUACCUGCUGGGAGACAUGGCUGGUAGACUCUUCAUGCUGCUACUGGAAAAGGAGGAGAAGAUGGAUGGCACGGCAACCAUCAAGGAUCUCAAGGUCGAGGUCCUCGGGGAGACGAGUAUUGCAGAAUGCAUCAUAUAUUUAGAUAAUGGAGUUGUAUACAUUGGCAGCAGACUUGGAGAUUCCCAGCUUAUAAAGUUAAACAUCAACCCAGAUGAUGCAGGCUCCUACGUACAGGUGAUGGAGACAUUCACCAACCUGGGUCCCAUAGUGGACAUGUGUGUGGUUGAUCUGGAGAGACAGGGGCAGGGGCAGCUUGUGACUUGUUCUGGAGCGUUCAAGGAGGGCUCAUUGAGGAUCAUCCGUAACGGCAUUGGGAUACAUGAACACGCAAGCAUUGAUCUACCUGGCAUCAAAGGUAUCUGGUCCUUGAGAGUUGAUUCUGAACAGUACGACAACAUGCUUGUCCUAUCAUUUGUUGGGCAAACAAGGGUGUUACAGCUGGCAGGCGAGGAGGUGGAGGAGACGGAAGUGGCCGGCUUCAAUUCUGAACAGCAGACCUUCCUCUGUGCAAACGUCGCCCAUAACCAGGUUAUACAGAUCACGCCCUCCUCUGUGAGGCUUAUCAGCUGCAGCUCCAAGAAGAUGGUAGCUGAAUGGAGGCACCCUGGCAGCAAGAACAUCUCCCUCGGCAGCUGUAACAGCACCCAGGUGGCUGUGGCGGCCGGUAGUGACCUCUACUUGCUGGCUAUACAGGCCGGGGCACUUGAGCAGAUCAGUUCUACUGUUGUGGAGCAUGAGAUAGCGUGCCUGGACAUCAGCCCACAGGUGGAGGGCCAGGAGCACUCUGACAUCUGUGCCAUUGGGCUGUGGACAGACAUCUCUGCUAGGAUCCUCAAACUGCCCUCCUUUGAGAGCCUUCACGUGGAAAUGCUGGGAGGCGAAAUCAUCCCUCGGUCUAUCCUUAUGACAACAUUUGAAGGGAUUCACUACAUACUCUGUGCCCUGGGCGAUGGGUCACUGUUCUACUUCCAUCUCAACAUUGAGACAGGCUACUUGACAGAGAAGAAGAAGGUGACCCUGGGCACUCAGCCGACAGUGCUGCGCACAUUCAAGUCCCUGUCCACAACCAACGUGUUUGCCUGCUCUGACCGGCCCACGGUUAUCUACUCCAGCAACCACAAGCUGGUGUUCUCUAACGUGAAUCUGAAGGAGGUCAACCACAUGUGUCCCCUCAACUCUGACUGCUAUACAGACAGUUUGGCCAUUGCAAAUGACAAUACUCUGACCAUAGGAACCAUAGAUGAAAUACAGAAGCUGCACAUCCGCACCAUUCCUCUUGGAGAGUCACCUAGACGUAUUGCCUAUCAAGAGGCGUCCCAGACGUUUGGUGUGAUCUCUAUGAGGACGGACCUGCAGGACGGCUCCAGUGUGACCCCAUCCCGCCAGAGCGCCAGCACCCACGCCUCCUCCACCUCCAACAGCAGCAACAGCAAGAUGGUGAACACGGGAACCAGCAUGAUGGGAGACCACAUGUACGGGGAUGAGAUAGAAGUGCACUCACUGCUGGUUAUUGACCAGCACACAUUUGAAGUGCUACAUGCCCACACCCUGUUACCUAAUGAGUUUGCCACCAGCCUCCUGUCCACAAAGCUCGGAGAUGACCCCAACACAUACUACAUUGUGGGCACAGCGUUUGUACACCCAGAGGAGGCAGAACCAAAACGGGGCAGAAUCGUAGUAUUUCAUUGUAACGAUGGGAAGGUGAUUCAAGUGGCAGAGGAAGAGAUCCCAGGUGCUGCUUAUUCCUUGUGCGAGUUUAACGGCAAGCUUCUGGCCAGUGUCAACAGUACUGUUCGCUUGUUUGAAUGGCGGACAUUUGCAAAGGAACUGAACAUGGAGUGUUCCCAUUUCAACAACAUCAUUGCCUUGUUCUUGAAGACCAAAGGGGACUUCAUCUUGGUGGGCGAUCUCAUGCGCUCAAUAACACUGCUCCUCUACAAACCCAUGGAGGGAACAUUUGAAGAGAUCGCACGUGACUGCAAUCCCAACUGGAUGUCAGCUGUGGAGAUCCUGGAUGAUGACAUCUUCCUGGGGGCAGAGAAUAGCUUCAACCUGUUCACUUGCCAUAAAGACAGCGCUGCCACAACAGAUGAGGAGAGACAGAACCUCCAGGAGACAGGACUCUUCCAUCUUGGGGAGUUUGUCAACGUGUUUAGACACGGUUCUCUAGUGAUGCAACAUGCCUUUGAGAGUACCACUCCCACCCAAGGCUCUGUCCUGAUAGGGACUGUCAAUGGAGCCAUUGGCCUGGUGACUCAGCUGCCAGCAGACCUCUUCAAUUUCCUGCUCGAGGUGCAGAACAAGCUGGCCAAGGUGAUCAAGAGUGUUGGCAAGAUUGACCACGCUUUCUGGCGAACGUUCAGUACAGACCGUAAAUCUGAAGUGUGCCUAGGUUUCAUAGACGGGGACUUGAUAGAGAGUUUCUUGGACCUGUCACGAGACAAGAUGCAGGAGGUUGCACAGGGACUACAGCCUGUAAUGAAAGGAAUGAUUGACGAUGGUAGUGGUAUGAAGAGGGAUGCCAAUGUAGAUGACCUUGUCAAGAUGAUAGAGGAGCUCACCAGGAUCCAUUAAAGAAUGGGCAAUGAGAGCGCGCAGGCUGACCAGGAUCCAUUGAGGAGCAGGCAAUGAGAGCACGCGUAGGGCUGUAUUACAGUGCUCAUACAACUUUGUUGAGGAGGAACUAAAAUUGUUGUUGCAUUAUUAGAAAAUGUUUUGUUGUUUAAAGAUACCAGUUUUCCUCACACACAAAAUCAAAUCAAAUAACUGAGGGUCAAGUUACGUGUAAAGGAAAUGCUAACAGUAAAAACAUGUGAGAUGUUACAAUUCAUUGUUAGUAAGUGUAUAUUAAUCAGUAUUCUUCUUAAUCAUAAUGCAUUGAGAUUGUAGUUACACAAAAAGCUUGAAACAAGGAACUUAAGAUUAGCCAGUAAAAGGAAUAUUUUACAGCAAAGAUCCAGUAGGGGGUCUGUUAUUGGCUUCACAGUUAUGAGUUCUUUAUAUUAUAUAUUAUAUAGUGAUGAGAUUGUAUCUCGUGUCCUUAUGGUCAACAUAUGGUUAUUUAAUGCUUAAAGUUUGAGAGGAUAUUGGGUCUAUUAGUGCGCUUUUUAAAUAAUUUCUUAAUACCAUACAGAAUGGAUCGCUUGCUUUAAAGUGCUAUACAAUUUCAUAGUGCUGUUACGGCUGGGAAUGAUUUCAACUUUGGUAUACUAAUUAAUAUUGAAGACUCCAACCAGUAGAUAGCACUCAUUUUCCUAUUUUGUGUAAAAUCAUCAUAGUUAAUAAUGUAAUAUUGUUAGAAAAGUGAAUAAACUUCUUUUACUGCUAUUAGUAACUGAAAUAUUUGUAUUCAAGCAAGGGAAUGGCACAUAAUUCAAUUCUUAUCCAGGUAUAGUUUAAUGUACAAGAUUGUGCUUGCAGUUAAGCCCCAAUCCCCAAAUAAAUAUAAAAACAUUGUGUUGCUGAAUUUGUUUUGAAUAAAAUUACAACAUUUAUAUCUAACCAAAAAAACAAACACAUUGCAAUCUGUAAAAAAUGACAUAUGGAUCUAAUAAGUGUGUAUUAAUAGCUGAAUGGUGAACACAAGUUUGUUUAAGCUUGAUUUAUGCUGAGACAAACUAGAAUUUCGGCAUAUUUGUAUUUGAAUAAGAUGUAUUUUAUUAUUGUUUUUGAACUUGCAAACAAGUUAAUAUGUCUGAAAAUAAAUUUUGUUAUGAUCACAAA